AUGGAAAUGGAAGCCUUAAUCGGAAAGAUAUUUUCCAUAAUCGGGUUUAUUACAUUCGUACAGAGCUAUGUUCCCCCACAGGUACGCCAAAUCGUGAGACAAUGGGUGAUGCGCAUUUUUGACAUCGUAAAUCUGUAUUGUUGCGUGAGCCUCCCAGAAUUCAAAGGAAAGCACGGAUGGAACAUGAACGAGCUGUACACGGACGCGGAAGAGUACGUGAAAACUCUGGAAAGCGCGGCGGAAGUUCGCAAUCUAACGGCGUAUCGAGGCGUGAAUGCGAGAGAGUUGGGCAUCUCUCCCGACACAGACCAACUCAUCCACGACUCAUUCAGAGGAGUGAGAAUAUGCUGGACCCAACACACCAUACAGAAAAUGGUGGACAAAGAAACCGUUGAAAGGCACGCCUAUACUCUCAAAAUGAACAAACUAGACCAGAACCUCCUCAAGGCCUAUUUGAACCACGUAUCCGAAAAGGCGGCGGAGCAUAAACUGGGCAAAAGGGAACUCAAAUUAUAUACCAAUAGUGGAUUUUACGCCAUUCGUGGACAAGGAUGGAAUAGCAUGCCUUUCAAGCACCCAUCUACUUUUCAUACGCUCGCACUCGAUCCAUCCAUAAAGAAAACAAUUAUCAAUGAUCUUGAUCGAUUUAAGGCCGGAAAAGAUUUCUACAGACAGAUCGGUCGCGCCUGGAAACGGGGUUACCUUCUUCAUGGCCCUCCCGGAACGGGAAAGUCCAGCUUAAUUGCCGCCGUGGCAAACUACAUGAAAUAUGACAUCUAUGAUCUUGAACUCACUAAGGUCUCUCAUAACCAGGAGCUCCGCGCCCUUCUUACUCAGACCAGUGAAAAGGCCAUCAUUGUUAUCGAGGACAUUGACUGCUCCAUCGAUCUUACGGAUAGAGAGUCGAAGGAGAAGGCCACAGAAAGCAAGCUGCGAAGUCAACUUACGCUUUCUGGCUUGCUCAAUUUUACGGAUGGAUUGUGGUCUUGCUGCGGUGAGGAGCGUAUUAUUAUCUUUACUACUAACCACCCUGAACAUCUCGAUCCCGCUCUUUUUAGAUCUGGGAGAAUGGAUGUCCACAUUGAACUCUCUUACUGCAACUUCGCAGUUUUUAAAAUUCUCGCUUUCAGUUAUUUGAGAAUUGAAGCGCACGAACUUUAUCCUUUGGUGGAGGAGAAGAUCUCCGGGGCCGAAAUGACUCCUGCUGAAAUUAUAGAAAUUCUGAUGAGUAAAACUCUACGUCAAUCUCAAUCUUCCCAAACGGAGAAGGAAGAAAAAUACGUCACGAAGGAAGAGAUACAUCCUGAAAAUGAACCCAUAGAAGUAGUCCCUGAUCCUGAUUCAGAUGAGAAAAGGUUAUUAUUAAAAGUAUUCAUACUCUGGAAUGGGGGUUUUGAGCCCACCGCAGUGCGAAAAUCCAUGGCUGGAGCGUACGAAGGCACCGGAAGCAGUGAAAGAGGAGGUGCAGUUUAUGGGGCUGCAGAGCCAAUGCCCAUUCUAAGCGUUGACUGCUUAGGUGGCCGGGCUCACUCAACAGAGAUUUCCCAAUUCAAAGGAAAGCACGGAUGGAACAUGAACGAGCUGUACAGGGACGCGGAAGAGUACGUGAAAACUCUGGAAAGCGCGGCGGAAGCUCGCAAUCAAACGGCGUAUCUAGGCGUCAAUACGAGAGAGUUGGGCAUCUCUCCCGAAACAGACCAGCUCAUCCACGACUCAUUCCGCGGAGUGAGAAUAGAGUCGAAGGAGAAGGCCACAGAUAGCAAGCUGCGAAGUCAACUUACCCUUUCUGGUUUGCUCAAUUUUACGGAUGGAUUGUGGUCAUGCUGCGGUGAGGAGCGUAUUAUUAUCUUUACUACUAACCACCCUGAACAUCUCGAUCCCGCUCUUCUUAGAUGUGGGAGAAUGGAUGUCCACAUUGAACUGUCUUACUGCAACUUAGCAGUUUUUAAAAUUCUCGCUUUCAGUUAUUUGAGAAUUGAAGCUCACGAACUUUAUCCUUUGGUGGAGGAGAAGAUCGCUUCCGGGGCCAAAAUGACUCCUGCUGAGAUUAUAGAAUUUCUGAUGAGUAAAGUGGACACUCCUGACAAAGCAGUGAGCAAUCUGAUUAGUGCCCUGGAUGCCAAGAUUAAAGAAAAACACGCUCUACGUCAAUCCGAAUCUUCCCAAACGGAGAAGGAAGAAAAAUGGGUCACGAAGGAAGAGAUAAAUCCUGAAAAUGAUCCAAUAGAAGGCAUUUAA